UCUGUGCAAGUCUGGCCAAAGGGUAUUUCAACUACAUGUGGCAGUGUCGUUUUCUAUUGGCGGCUUAGAGGUGUAGCUACUGCAAAUGUUGUUGUAGCAACAAGAGUUGAGUACAUUUGAAUACCUAAGCCAUCGUGGAAUUAUACGAAAGAAGAACAGAAUCCAUGUUAUCAGGAAGUAAUGGACAGGAAGCUGGAUCGCCACUAUGUUGAAGACCGUGGUACAGUUAUGUUAAUGGACAUUCUUCCUUUUACUUGGAAUGUAAAAACAGAAGGGCCACACUUCUGCAUUGAUAUGAAGAUGUCUCGCCUCAAAGAACUGGGGUAUAGUUUUGUUUUUGGAUCUGAGCCCAGGGAACAAUGGCCAGUAACUGGACACCCAGAAAGGAUUCUUAAACUGGAUAUCUCUUUAAAUGAAUUAGAAGAGUUGCAAAAUGAAUCUUUGUAUCCGUUAGAGAAUCUCUGUGAACUGAAUGCUUCCCUAAACGCUCUAAAAGGUAUACAAGGAGUCAGUGUCUUACCUCACCUGUUAGCUUUACAGCUGAGCUACAAUGCUAUCAGCAGUCUGAGAGGGUUACAACACAACAAGAUGCUGACCAUUCUCAAUGUCUCACACAACCAGAUAAGGACUAUACAAGGCAUGCCUGUUCUCAGUAACUUGACCGAGGUGCACAUAGACUCCAACAAGUUGGAAUCCUUAGAAGGCAUUCAGAACCUGCCCCAACUGCAAGAGCUUCACGCUCAGAAUAAUCAGAUCAGAAACCUGCUCCCUCUCUCGAGUUCUCUGAAUCUACACUUUGCAGACAUCUCUAACAAUGAGAUUCAUUCACUUCACGAGAGCUUGCAAAUACUCAAGACUUUGUUCAGGCUGAAGCAAUUGAAGCUGAAGGGUAACCCAAUAGCCAGGGAUAACCGGUACGUCACCAUGGUAAAACAAUCGACUGUAGUGGAAAUACUGGAUAACACACUUCUUCGAGAUCCUUGUGGUCACAGGCAGCUCCUGGUACCACAGUCUGCCAAGGAUGGACAGACAAAGGAAGAACUAAUAGAGGCUGCUAGGGCUGCCUACCAGGGCAAAAUACAGAGAAAACAGCAAGAGGUGGCAAGCACCAUACAUUACAUGCAUGGGAGGAUCAUGGAUCUUCAAGAAGAGCUAAAAGAACAUAAAGACAGCCUGAGGUUGGAACUGGAAGGAUACAUACGAUAUCUCGAAACCAUACCCCCUGAGGAUUUCCACAGCAUUGACCCCAGGAAGGUCCCUGGAGCCAUUGAACAGAACAUGUUUACUAAAUUCUGGAAGAAGUGGGACCAUGGCAAGAGAAGACCUGGGGACAUUCCUUUCCAUGACCUAACCAAGCCAGAAGAGGUGGUUAGGACAGCUGCGUGGCUUCUGUCGAACCCUCCAGUUCCACCACAUACUUGAACGAGCUGUGACCUUGCCCAGAAGAUCAUCUGUAACCAAGACAAGCCUUGUGUGUCAGGUGUUUAAGUGUGUCAUGGUUUAAUCAGCAAAUAAUUUGAAAACCAGUUUGAAUAUCUGUUGUGCAUUUGUAAAAUUCAAUCAGAUUUGUUUUAAAAUUAUUAUUAUCUUUUCUGUGCAAGUGAAAACAGAAAAAAAGGUAUUUGUCUGGUAAGAGAUGCAUGUUAUUGAAUUUUCCUGAUAGUCAUUCAGUCAAAUUAAACCAACUAUUUAAUACCUUAAAGUGUACUGUAUACUUGGCAUCAACUUUUAAAUAAUUUAGUGAAACUGCUGUAGAAAGGAAACAUGUACUUGUAUUCGUACUGUGCUAGCAAUGAUGAUCACAGAAAACCCUUGUUUUUUAUUUUUUUUUAAUGGUCAGUCAAGAAUGACCAGUUGAUAUGGACACUGAAGUGUCCGCUUCUGAGUUGCCAACAUCAUUCGAUGUAACGUAUUAAUGAGAAGCCUCUAGAUCCUAAUAAAACACGAGUGUUCGGUAACCAUCUCACGCCAAUAAUCUGUAUCCCUUUAAAAGAGGUUUUGAGCAGCUUUGACCCACUGACAAGUCUGUUGAGAUAUUGCUUCGGAUAAACUGUUUCAAAGCUAUUUCAGGUGACAGUGUCACGCAUGAUGCAUUGAAUAAAAAAAAAAAAUUAUAAUAAUCUUUGCCCUUUACAGUGUAAAUACCAUUUCAUGAUGAAAGGUCAGUGUCUCCAUCAAUGGACUUCAUACUGUGUUAGACUGCAUAUUCAGAACUGUUAAAGGACAUAAAUAGGUCCAAAGGGAAAAUAAGUCAGAAGUGGCAUAUGAAGAAAGACACUGAUAUGCAGACCUCUGACAUAAGUGUCAAAGAAGGGUCUAUGGAAUGGUAUACUGCAUUUCAUGUAAUAAUAACUGUUAGUCAUUCCAACUAAUAUAGAACAAUACAGUUUAAUUUAAUAUAUUCCAUUGUUUGAUAUGGUGCAGGUUGAUGGUACAGGCUAGCUGCUUACUUACUGUACUACUAAACGAAAUCACUACAUGCUGUAAAGCAAAAUCAUUGGAAUAUUUGGUUAUAGAUUAUAGAAAUGUAAACAGUUAACUAAUAACAACGUGUACAAAAUAUUUAGUACAAUAGAGCAUUUCUUAAAGGGUAAUGCUUAAAUGUAGCCACCCCAGUGCACCAAAUAUUGAAACUGAAUUUGUUUCACAUAAGUAUACAAGCUUGUAGCAUGUUACAACAAUGACUGAAACUAGCAGAAUAACAAAUCAUUUGAGCAGGUCUUGACAGCUUUAACAGGUUUUAAAAAAGAAGUGUAAGGAGUUAAUGCAAACAGACCAUCUUGGCUUACAAUAUGGUAUACCCUUGCUUAUUUGGAAGUGGGGCUUCAACAUCUUUCACCAACCAUAAAAAGAACGUCUAAAAUUAUUGCCUAAUAACGGACAAAUCCUCUUUUAUGUUUUAUAUUAAUUCUUAGUCGGACAUUUUACUAGGCACCAGAUGGUACAUAGAAGCAGUAAACCUUAUGUUUGUCCGGAUACAACUGAGGGAAAUGCUAUGAAAUAUCCAAUUGGAUCUUUGAAACUAUUUCCCAUUUGGUUUAGAUAGAAAUGGUGUAUAUAGGGAGAUUAACUAAUGUAUGUGCUGUACAUUCAUUGUUAACACUAAAUCAUUAAUGAGUUUUAUUAAAUAUAUAAAAUCAUGCUUUGCUGUAAUAAUUAUAGUACAGUUCUAACUCCUUAUUUAUAUUUAAAAAAAAAAAAAAAUUCUGUGUGAUUUAGCCAGAUUUGAACAAAUAUUUAUUUAAAAGAAUUACUAAAACCAAAGCUGUGUUAAAACAAAAUUAAGGGCUCAUUUGCUGUCUUUACAGGCUUUUAGAUGUUGAUGUUUCACCAUUUCAUGUUUUGUCAUUUGUUGUAUUCUCUGGUUGUUGUCAAAUGCAACUUGACCUAUCCAUUUUGGUUCACCUGAGAUGUAGGGUGUAUGGAUAAUGUAGGGACCCUGAACUACUCAAGGCAUUGUCUGGCAGUUACAUUACUGUUACAUUAACACUGCAGAUCAAAGAAUGGCACAAACCUUCAGUUUCAGGCCUUUUGGGAUAAUGUGAUCCUUAUAGAAAUGGAAAUUUUCAGCUCCCUUAUUAAGAGAUACAGUAUGAGUAAAUGUUGUCAAGAUCUCGAUAAUAUUCAAAUAAAACUUAAAAAUAGGCUUGUAUGAGGACUUGCUAUGCAGUAAGGUUUUGUGUGACUCAGACAGAUAAUGUGUUAGGCUGAGAAGUUAAUUUCACAAAUGUGUAAAUUGAAAGCCUGUGGAAAAGAUCAAUCCUGCUGCUUGUCUCCCCAGGAUAAAAACUGCAUUCACUCUGUAAACCUGCAAAUGUUGCUUUCAGUAAUGUGAAAACAGGUAUUUUUUAUUUUUUAUUAUCUAAAAGCUGUGACCAAAAUCCAUUUAGUAUUAUGUGGUAUUACAUUCAGACAUUAAAUACAUAAUGCAUUUACACAAUGCCCCAGUCAUUCUGAUGUUUUAAACUAUGUACAGUAUAUUGUAUGUUUGUAUUCCUCAGAAACAAACAGUAGUGUAAUCUAAUAGCUUACCAUAUGCAGCAUUUGUUUUUAAGUCUUUGAUCCUGGAAGAUUACGCACAUUUUGUAAACAAUAAAAUACGGACUGGGUACAUAAAAUCUCUCCGCACACUAUGACUGAUGGCAAAUGAUACAAAAUAAUCCAUUGAAGUUUUGUGUAAAUGUGAACUGAACAGACACCCCAGAAUGCCCAAUGGGAAUCCAAACAUAGCAUCAAAACAGAAACAAAGCAAUGUUUCUGUUCUUUCAACUUUUUCGAAGUCCAUAUUUGGGACAGAAGACUUUUUGUCACUAUUGACUAAACAUAAACUAUAUUUGUGCAUGGUUAUUCAUGCUUUUGUGGUCAGUUUGUACACGGCAAUAUUGGUAUUUAUUAAAUAUGUCAAGCUGUUGUUGCCUUGUACUUGUGGUCUCGUGGUAUCUUUAUACCAAUUCUCUUGGUAUAAAGAAAUAGAGAACUAAAUCAAUUUGUUCUUUCUGCUCGGCAAAAUAUAUAACAGAGGUACAGCUUUAGGCUGGAUUCCUUUUCAUUAAACCUCCAAAAACACUGCACACCCCGUACAUUCAUAAA